AUGUUCAAGCUGAUGCCCUCAGCCCCCGAGCCUCGCCGGCCUGAGCGGGGCGGCGUGAAGGGCGCGCUGCUCAGUGUGUACUACGACCCCUUCAAGUGCUGGUGUGUGGUGCCCCCCCGCCCCCCCACGCCCACACCCCCACCACCACGCCCGCACACACCCCAGCACACGCCCACGCCCCCCCAGUGUGCGUGUGCGUGCGUGUGUGCGCGUCUCUGUAGCUCCACCCGCCCACUGACUCCUCUGAACCAUAUUGACAAGACUGCCCCCAUCCACCACCCCCACCUCCACCACAGCCCCCACCACGCCCACCACAGCCCCCCAGCAGCAGCGGCCCCCCUCCCCCACGCCGACCCCUACCGCCGCCCCCGCCACAGCACACAUUAA